AUGUCUUUUGGCUUCUCGAUAGGGGACAUCAUCCUCCUCAGCCAGCUAGCAUACAGUCUUUACGAUAGCGUCAGCUCCGGGAGGAAAGCAGCAACGCGGGACUUAAGAGAGCUUGAAGAAGUACUGUUCAGCCUGAAAUGUGCUCUGGAUCACCUUGGAGAAGUUUCAAACGACAUACUCGCGCGGCCAGGUUUCCGGAAUGGCGGAUCAGGGUUCAAGGAAAAGCUUGAUAUGAUGAUCAACUCGUGUGCUUCCACUCUGCAAGAACUAGAUACCGUAACGAAGAAAUAUCGUGACGUUGAGAGUAAGGCAAACAAGGGCAAGACGAAACUACGCACGCUGGAAGACGUGAAGAAGAGUAUCCAGGUCAACUGGCAAAGAGUGCGAUGGGACUACGAAAAGCAGUAUUUGCAACAGUAUCGGGAGAAGCUUAAGUCGCAUACCGAUGCGAUAAACCUGAUGUUGACCUCUGUGAUCUGGGCGAACACUGCAUCCGCAGAUGCAGAUAACGAGAAGAACCAUAAAGUAACACAGUCCUUGUUAGGAGAUGUACUGCGCAACCCAGCUGCAGAUGAAGAAUUUCGAGCUAUGGUACAAGAGAUACACACGAUACUCACACGACCGACUACUGGAACAGAAGUCGUCGAGAUAGCUACGAUGCAGGGUACAGCACUGACCUGUAAGCAGUUUUGUACCACUGCCUAUUCACCGAGCGGCUCAUCAGUUUUCAAGUCCUCUGGCCCUGUCGCGAGACACGGAAGAAGUUUGCCUUCAGUGAGUAUGUAUGCCGUGUCGGAUCUUCCGUAUACAACGUCAACAGCGAAAGCAUACGUCGGAGCUGUCUCAGAAGGAGUGUCAACGCAAGGAGCCGUGUAUGCCAUGCCUGCAAAAAGCUACCCAACUGAUGAAAGCGAAUUUUGUAAGGAAGAUCUACCGGGCGACAGCGAACUGUCAGUCGCUACUGUCAAGCUCAACAAUGAACGCCGUGCUUUCGGGGCAAAAGAAUAUCAAGCUUUCCUGCGGCAACACGCACAGCCGAAGAGAGUUCCGAAGCCAUCUUUCCUGACGAGUAUCAUGCCCACCAGCCAGGAGCUUCAAGCUUGCAUACCCUACAUCUUUCAGUCGACGGCGGAAGGUAAACAGCAGACGCAGCAGCUGAAGAAUGAGAUCAAUCGCUGGACUGAGGGGUUUUCUCAUUUCAUCAACCACAAAGCGCCUCCGAGAGAGAAGGACGAAUGUUUCCUGAUGUUGUUGGGAGCGCUGAAUGAGGCAGUGGAAGAUAGCUCUAGAGGGACGCGACAGCUAUUCUACGAGACUUCGGACUCUUCAGGCUUUGCAACGGCCUUGGACCAGGUACAAACCAUAUCGAAGAGCGUGAGGGUGAUGAAAGAGAUUGAGGAAUUCGAGGAUGCUAAAGAAGAAUGGGAGAAGCAGGAGCGAGUUCGUUGA